AUGUCGUAUGCUCCAAGUUUUUAUGCCGAUCAAGCUGGAAAAUCUAGAAAUGGCCAAGACCAACAACAACAUCAGGAGCAACAGGGUGGGUACUGUAGAAAUACACGCGACGCAUGACCGCAACGCAUGCUAAAAUAAAUUUUGCAGCCUUCGAAGCUGCGAUUCCGAAUCUCUCAACUCCAAUAGCUGAUGAUGUUUUAUCACCAUCUCAAAUUCAAGAAGCAAUUCGACUCUACAGAAAUGUGCUCUCGAAUUCAGCUCCAUCAUCUCCAGUUCGCCCAACUCGUCAACAACAACAAAAUCAAGAGGUUCAUUCGAAUUAUUAUGGCGGUGGAUCCACUGGAAUUCCACAAUCCUAUUUGAAUCAAAAACCGAGAUCUCAAACUCCAAAAUUCGAAGAAGAGCAACAACAUGCCGAGCAAUUGAUGCAAAAAUUGGAGAAUUUGCAAAUUCAGGAGCCGAAAAUCGCGCAGAAUAUUGUGAGUUGCGGUAAAUUCGGAUUCCCCGCGAAAUUUGGAGCAUUUUGCACUAUGUUUCAUAGCGAAAUCUUGAUUUUUCAUUGAAAAAUAGCAAGCGCGCUCCAAUGCAAAUCUCGCGUUUUUCGAGAGAAUUCAAAUUUUUAGCUAGGUAGGAUCGAUCCCGGGUGCCCGCGAGAAUUUUUAAUUUUUUUUGCUGAAAAAUUUGGACAGAUUUAGAAUCAGCGAAAAAUUUCCAGCAUUUUACACUAUUUUUCAUAGCGAAAUCUUGAUUUUUCAUUGAAAAAUAGCAAGCGCGCUCUAAUGCAAAUCUCGCGUUUUUCAAGAGAAUUCAAAUUUUUAGAUAGGUAGGAUCGAUCCCCGGUGCCCGCACAAUGUUUUUUUUUUGUCACAAAACAAAAAAAGCAAGUGCGCUCCAUUGCAAAUCCCUCAUUUCCCAUGAAAUUUUUGAAUUUUUCAGUAUGGCCAAGAUGAAUCUGGAUACUGUUUCAAUCGUCAACAAAAAUCGAAUCAGGAUUUGGGAGGACAGCCAGACGAAGAUCAGGAGAUUUUUGUGGAAGAAUCUGGCCAGAAAACACCGACUGCUUAUCAUCAACAAGUUUACACGCAAGCUCCACCAGCUCAAAAUUUUCCCGCCCAAAAUUACACACCUUCUAAAAAUUUGGGACCAUCAGAAUAUAUUGGAAUGUCGAAUGAUAAUCGAUUUAUUUAUGAUGCUCGACAAUCUGCUCCGCCCAGUUAUGGUGCACCAAUUUAUUCCGCACCGCCACCAAAAUUAGCGCAAGAAUUUUCGAGUGCCAUGACUACUACGGAAGAUUUGACACAAAAACCUGGAGAAUCACCGAUGACACAAUCGAGAUUUAGGGGAUUGAUUAGGGUGAGUGAGAGGUUUUGGCGCCAAAAAUUUGAAAAUUCAAAUUUUUCUUCUAAAUUUUUUGGCGCCAAAUUUGAAAAAUUUUGAAAAUUCAAAUUUUUCUUCUAAAUUUUUUGCCGGCAAGGUUUGAAAUUUGAAAAAUUUGAAAAUUAAAAUUUUUUGAAACAGUGAAAAAUUUUAGAACCAAAAUUUCAAUGAAUCAGAAUUUUAUUGUGAAUUUUUCAAUUUAAUUUCUUUUGAAACAGUGAAAAAUUUUUACUUUAAUAAUUUUUAAUUUUCAUGGAAUUCAAUUUUUUUCUCUUGAACAUGAUUUUCAAAAAAUUCAAAAGUUUCCCAAAAAAAUUCACUGUUUCAGAAAAUUGAAAAAUAUUUUUUUUCUAAUUCAUGUUUCGAUUAUUGUUUGCUAUUUGUCUCUCUAGAAUUUUCAGAACUUUGAAAAUUAUUUGAUAGUUUUUUUUAGAACAAAAUUUACUGUUUCAAAAAUUUUUCCUUGUCAAAAAUUAGUAGAUAGAUCAAAAAUAUUUAUAUUUUCAAUUAUAAUAAUUUUUUGAAACAGUGAAAAAUUUUUUGAAUUGAAAUUUUAAAUGAAUCAGAAUUUUAUUGAUUUUUUGGAACAGCAUCAUUUUGAAUUUUGAAGUUUUCAAUUCUAAUUUUUUUGAAACAGUGAAUUUUUCUGUUAUUGAAUACAGCACAUAAUUUUCUUUUUUUACAUUAUGGAAUAAGAACAUCAUUUUGAAUUUUGAACUUUUCAAUUUCAAAACUUUUUGAAACAGUGAAAUUUUUUUUGAAAAAAAAACUAUACAAUAAUUUUCAAACUUCAAAUUUUCUGGAGAGAUUGAAGGUCGUGGCAAGUAAUUUUGAAAAAAAUUAAUUUUAAAAAAAUGCAUUUUUCUGAAACAGUGAAUUUUUUUUCUCAAAAAAAAAAACUAUAAAAUAAUUUUAAAAGUUCUGAAAAUUCGAGAACAUAUUAAAAUCGAAACAUGAAUUAGAAAAAAUUAUUUUUCAAAUUUUCUGAAACAGUGAAAUUUUUCUGGGAAAUUUUUCUGGGAAACUUUGUGCAAAAAAUUCAAAUUUUGGCGCGAAAAAAAUUCAAAUUUUGGCGCGAAAAAUCUCAUUUCAAAUUCAAAUUCUUCCAGAACGCGUCUACACCAACCCGCCAAUCAAACACCCAAAUUGUCGUCGAACGUGUCUACCAACAACAACAACAACAAGAUUCACCAAAUUCUGGAGCAUUUGCACCAAUUCACCAACCAACAGAAUCUGAAUAUCAAUUGCCAGUUUUGAAUGAUUUGGCAUCCUGUAUUGAAAAUUAUUGA